AUGGCAGCCACUGAGAAUACUUGCAUGAAAAAAAGAGACCGCAGUAACGAGAACUUUAAGAAGAAAUGGAGCACACUUAAGAAUAACGGCCUCAAUAUAUACCAGAUUUAUGACGCUGAAGUAUAUAUUUGUAUACGCCGUAAAGGCAAAAAGUAUGAGUUUAAGUCUACUGAUAGGGCGUUGCCUCUAUCUGAGCAGGAAAAAGUCAGUAUCUUACUGGUAUAA